GCAAGAUUGUGAGCGGCUGCGCGGGCCUCUCAUCACUCUUAAGAGUGUCUCGCUCGGCAUUUUACCAUGCCUCUCACCCGAGACCCUUUCCAGCAUCCUACGUUGGAAAACGAUGAUUCCUACUUGGGAAAACUGCGGGCUUCCAAGAAACUGCCAUAUAAGAACCCAACUCACCUUGCUCAGCAACAGGAACCCUGGUGUCGACUCAGCUCAACUCCCACAAUCACGUCCAUGAGGCAGGCUGUUUAUUUUUUUGAUCCUGAGAUACCGAAGGAUGAUCUGGAUUUCCGAUUAGCAGCCUUGUACAACCACCACACAGGGACGUUCAAGAGCAAAAGUGAGACACUGAUACACCAGGAGACCAUUCAGGAUGCCCAUGGAAUCAAGAUCCAAUUCUCUGGAGAAUCUUUAUCCCCUCCCCAGCCACCCGCCAUCACUUCCCAAGCUAACAUCAGACACUGGAUCAACCCUAAGAAGGAGUCUAUUCACAGCAUCCAGGGAUCCAUAGUGUCCCCUCACACUGCAGCCAGCAAUGGAGGAUAUUCCCGAAAGACUGAUGGUGGCUUCUUCUCCACCUAAGUGUUGACGGGCCCCUGGACUAAUUAAUCAUAGUGGAACAUCCUGCCGCCCAUCUCCAUGAAAUAGAUUUGUGUAAGAUGAA